AUGGCAUUAAACUUCGUACCAAAGCUACUAUUAGUUCUAGCCUUCGCUGCUUUUUCAACCGGAGCUAGAAGAAGUGAGCUUGAACUCAAAGAAACCCAUAUGUCCUUGUUCUUCCAUGACAUAGCCGCCGGUCCAAAUUUCACACUAAUUCCAGUUGCCGGUAUUGCGGGCAAGCUUUGGACCUUCGCUCAGUUUGGAACAGCUUUUGUGACAGACGAUCCUCUAACCGAGACCCCUGAUCGAAACGCACCCAUAAUUGGGAGAGGCCAAGGCAUUUAUGUGACGUCAGGGCUGGAUGGACGUAACACCCAUGUCUUGAUAUCCAUUGUGUUCACCAACAAGAAGUACAAUGGCAGCACACUGGAGAUACAAGGAACCAGCAAGCAGUUCGAGAAAGUCAGAGAGGUUUCAGUGGUGUCCGGUACCGGACAGUUUCGGUUCGCCAGGGGAUACGCGACGUUCGAGACGUAUCUUUUGGAUCCGGCAACUUUCUACUCCGUGGAGAGGUGCAACGUUACAGUGCAACACUACUAG